ACCGGCUUUUUCCGCAGGCGGCCCCAGACAGACAGAGAAAUGCUAUUGUAGUUGAUCCCCGCGUUGACGUCAACCCCAAGCCCAAUGACUGGCGUCGGUGGGCGGGGCCUGCAGGGCCAGUUUUGCAGUGCGCAUGCGCACGCCGCAGGCCGCGCGCCGGAAGGACCGCCUCCUCCGGGCCAACAUGGAGGAAGCGCUCGGGUCUCCGAGGGCGGAGGGAGCGGCGCCCGAGGUCGCCAUGGCUACCGAGCCGGUGGCGGUGCAGUCCGCGGCGCCGUCUCUUGUGGAUCGUUACUUCACCCGCUGGUACAAAGCGGAUGUCAAAGGAAAACCCUGUGAGGACCACUGUAUACUGCAGCACUCUAACCGAAUAUGUGUCAUCACAUUGGCAGAAUCUCAUCCAGUUCUUCAAAGUGGAAAAACAAUUAAAAGCAUUUCCUAUCAAAUCAGCACCAACUGUAGCAGACUUCAGAACAAGGUCUCUGGGAAGUUUAAACGGGGAGCACAGUUUCUAACAGAACUUGCACCUCUGUGUAAGAUUUACUGCUCAGAUGGGGAAGAAUAUACUAUAUCUAGCUGUGUUAGAGGACGGCUGAUGGAAGUGAAUGAAAAUAUUCUCCAUAAGCCGUCUAUUCUUCAAGAGAAGCCAUCCACUGAAGGUUACAUUGCAGUUGUGUUGCCCAAAUUUGAAGAAAGUAAAAGCAUAACCGAAGGGUUACUGACACAAAAACAAUAUGAAGAAGUUGUGGUAAAACGCAGUAACGCCACAACAGCCACAUCGUGAGGACUAAGAUGGCAUAAAAAGCAGUGCGGCACUCGAUCCGUGCACUGAAGUACCACCGUAUGGCAGAAGCAUACUCCGCAGCCAGCCUUCUGCAGGCAAGCCUGUGUUUUUUCCCCCCUUUCUCUUGCAAGACAAGCCUUGGUUCCCAUUUGUCUUUAGCUUCUCAGAUCUGCCCUGCCAUGGACCUCGCCUGCUCCUCUUUUGCUUUUCUCUUUCUAAAAACUGACAAACAACAUUUCUAAUUAAAAACAAGCAGAGCAUAUUGGGGAAAAUUUGGAAAAGACACAA